AUGGCCAACUCGGUGGAACGGGUUCUAGCCGCCGCAGUCCAAGGACAGGCACGAAGCCCUCGCUUCAUCCAAAAGCAGCUCAGCAAGCUUCAUGCAGCCCUUACAAAGGACGGACUCGCGAUCAGAACCACCAUCAAGAGCGAAACCAAGCACUCGACCGCCGAAGUUGAGGUUCAGUAUGCGCUCACGCUCGAGGCCGUGGCAGCCUUGUUCGCGCAGAUCGACGACCUAGAACAGGCGCUUCGGGAGGAAUACCAUCUCGCCCGACUGGAGAAUUCGCCGUCGCACAAGGUUCCAUAUUCGAUCGUCUACAUUGUGCCGUCAAGGUACAAUCUCUUCUACAGUUGUGUGACGGCGGUCGCCGCGGCCAUUGCUGCAGGCAACUGUGUUAUCCUGGAGUUGGCUCAAACGACAUCGAGGAUCUCGGAAGUGGUCCAGAAGACGCUGUCGAACACCCUCGACAGAGACACCUUCACGACCGUCGACACGCGGAUCGACUUGGAGACUCUGCCCAAAGGAUCUGUCCGACUUUUCGGUGAUGGCGACGGUGCCAACCCUUCGAGGACGGAUCUGGUGCCUCCUUCAACGCGGAGCAUCGCGAUCGUCGACCGAGCCGCGAACACGCGGGAAGCCGCGGCGGCGGUGUUGCGAGCUCGAUUUAGUUUCGCGGGCCAGUCACCGCUCGCACCGGACGUGGUGCUCGUCAACGAGUUCCGACUCAAGGAGUUCUGCACGUCGGUCGCGGAGCUGACGAGCAAAUACCUCGCCGCGCAGUUCGAGGGCGGGGUCGGGGCCAACGGCUCGACUGGUGCUGGUGCUGGUGCUGGUGCUGGUCGCAGCCCUCCUGCCACCGCGACCAAGAUCUCCAGCACCGAGCUUCAACAAGCGGGCGCGGAAAUCCUGGUUUCGGGUUCCAAAGGGGCCGUAGCACGCAUCGGGAUCGACGACAGGAAGUCGCCUCUCUUGAGGAAGCCCAUUCGCGAACCACUGCUUCUCAUCCAUCCGGUGCGAAGUGUCGACGAUGCGAUCGACUUUGCGAACGCGGACGGUGGUGGUGGUGGUAGUAGUGGUAGUGGUCUUGGAGGAGAACCACUGGCCGCCUUGUACACCUUCGGACCCCCCGAGGUGGCCAAGUACUUGUCCCAAUUCGUCGACGCCCGCGUGUCCUGUGCCAACGACAUCCCCGUCGAGCUGGUCGGGGCUCCCGCGACGCCCGUCGGCCACGCCACACAGCUCGGCGGCGCCGGGCCAUACUCUAUGGGCAUAUUCUCCGUGCCGAAACCGGAAUAUAUUCGCUACGACGCCAAAUUCUCCAAUCUCGGCAAGCUUCUGGACGGGAACGACGUCGAGGGAGCGAUGCAGGCCCGCCGGGCAGCCGAGGCGCUGAAUAUCACGGUGAAGCAGCCGCCGGGACAUGCCAUUGGGUUCUUCGAGCAGGGACUCUUGUUGGGGGGAAGUAUCCUGCUGACGACGGUCGUGGCGGGGAACGUGCUGUUCUGGAAAUACGGAAUGCCGGCGAUAGCGAAAAGGGUGCGCCAUUAG